GUCGGUUCGGCGUCGGUCGUACUUGUUUACGAUCCGUCUCAAGAUUCUGGCGACCCUUGCCUUCGCGUCUACCUGUUCCGGAAAACGGCCCAGAUCAUUGUCUGCCCUCAAUAUGGAGAUAGACGUCAGUCUACUGCUUUACGAUGAGUACAACUGCCCGGUGUUUGUCAUGAAUGAUUAUCACGCCAAGAACUUUAUGGCACUCUUCAUGGCUUUGCAGCCCAUAGCUUUUCAGAGAAACUGGGGUGCAAUUAAGCUACGCUUCAGUGAUGAGUUAGUGAGAGACGUCAACGUGUGGUCUCGUCGGCUCCUCGACCACUUGCAGGACAACGUGAAAACAAUCAAGGCCCCAUUCGAGGUCCAAGCGUUUGUAAAGUCCGGAGAUAAAAGUGCUUACGACUUCCGACGCCUCAGAACAACCAGAAAACUGCGUGAAAGCGACAUAAAGCCAUUGGCCGAUUAUCUCGAUGGCGCUGCCACAUCUGAAAACUGCUGUGAGCGGGUGCUCCGGGAGGAUGGUCUUAACCGCUACUUCAUGCAUUACUGGGACCACAUCGAAAAUAUAGCCUCCGACAACAACCCGGCUCGAAUAACGGAAGUAAAACAGCCACUCUAUUAUGCUGCCGGAUUUUCUCCGCCUCCGGGAAGUGACCUCAAUGCUGCUGGUAUUAACUUUGAUGACUUCGGUUGCCUUCUGAACAACUUAGAAGAGAAGAUCAAAGGGAUAUCAGACCCCUUGCUUUACAUCGGCAAAGCGCUGAGUACUGCAGCUUUGCAUGACGAGGACGCUUCUCUAGCAUCCCUGAACCUGCUCAUAAGCGGAUCAAACAAAGCAUGGAUAGUUUACAGUGGUGCAUUCGUUUUCGAUCUGCUUGAAUAUCUAAAAACAGUGCCUCUUAAUCUGGCUGACAAAAGUUGUUCCAACGCAUUGCACCAUAAAACAUUCAUAACAAACCCGGAUUGUAUGCCGCCUUCUUUUCAUGUGCCCUAUCAAAAGAUUUUGCAGAGGCCUGGCGAGUUCGUUCUUACUUUUUAUUGCUCAGCUCACCAAGUUUCCAACCUUGGAGACAACCUUGCCGUGGCUCGCAACUUAGCAGACGAAAAUUGGGUGCCCUUUGGCCUGUAUUCUCAAGUCAGUGAAGGAUGCACAUGCAUCCCAGCUAUUCAGAACGUGAAGAUCGACGCCAGAAAGAUUGCAGCGAGGGCCUCUGUUUUCGUCGACGGCGAGCCUCCAAGGCAUCCCUACUUCCGCUUUCGUUCGCGCCACUGUCAAGUGGACGCGCACCCCACCGCCGAGGUGCACAGCGAAGACGAAGUGGCAGCGGGAAACGCGACCCCUUCGGAGCCAGCGAUCUGCCUCGGAGGGACGCGUGAUGACGCACUGCAAGAUACCUCAACAAAACGCGCUGCGGGCGGCGCAGGAAGCAGACGCCACACCCCACCCUCCUUGCCCUGCAUCGCUGAAGGGUGUGGCCGAGUGCUCAGUGGCGGCAUGGACAAGCUUCGCCGGCAUAUAAAACUGGUGCAUAAGAAGGACGAAACAGAAAUGCAGGCACUCCUCGAUCAUGUGGCCGAAGUCUUUGGCAUGCGGCAGGGCAACAAGGACAAACAAAUCUGUCCGGAAUGCGGCUGUCAAGUUUACGGGAAAGAGAGUGUCUUGAGGAAGCAUCUAAAAUGGAGGUGUCGCAAGCGAAAAAUGUAAUCAGUUGGGUUGGCCUUAGUUCAAAUUGAAUGCACAAUGCACACAAAACCUGCGUGUGUAAGCUGGCUCAUCGGCACGAUGAAAAAUUUGUGAGGUAGUUACUCCAAUAAAUGAUGACGAAAAGUCCCACUUCAA